AUGUUCUACUCUGAGACUCUUCUGUCAAAGACGGGGCCACUGGCCCGCGUCUGGCUGUCGGCCAACAUCGAGCGCAAAUUGUCCAAGUCGCAUAUCCUCCAAUCCGACAUUGAGGGGAGUGUCAGCGCCAUUGUUGACCAAGGCCAAGCCCCCAUGGCUUUGCGACUGAGUGGUCAGCUGCUGCUGGGAGUUGUGCGUAUUUACAGCCGUAAAGCGCGUUACCUGCUCGACGAUUGUAACGAGGCCCUCAUGAAAAUCAAAAUGGCAUUCCGUCUUACCAACAAUAAUGAUCUGACAUCCACUGUUGUCGCGCCGGGUGGUAUUACACUCCCUGAUGUGCUGACCGAGUCGGACCUGUUCACCAAUCUUGAUACAUCGCUUUUAUUCCCCCAAAACCUCAGCAUGGAGACCGACGGCAAGCGUCCCGCUCCAAUGGAUUUCGGCAGCAGCCAGCUUCUCCCCGACAACAGUUACCGCCGCUCCGUCUCCCAAGAGCCGGCUCGCCUCGAGGAUCACACUCUCGUUGACCUGGACCUGGGUGAAGACGAAAUCCCUCUUGGCCUUGACCGCUCCAUGGAAGUUGGUCGUGAUGCCCCCCGGCCCGUCCUCUGGAAGAUGAUUACAUUAGCGACUCUGAUGGACAUGGGCACUGAUGCCCACGACAACAUUGAUAAUCUGCUUCCGGACGGUGGAAUGGAAUUCGGCCAUGGUGACCUUGAUGGCGAGACCCCUCGCGCCGGUGACAACCGUGUUCGUGACACGGAAAGCCCCCUUUCCGAUGCCGGCUCUGUUCAAAUGCAUCAGCUCGAGGAGGAGUACAACCGUGAAGCCUCUGCUAUUGACAUGAAUGCUCAAGGCCCUCGCUCCAAGCGCCAAAAGGUGGUCAACUUCAUUCCCAUGGACCAAAAAACCCACUUCUCGACCACUGAGAUCAAGGCGAUGCAGAACGACCGCUCUGCCAUCAUGAAUCCAUCGACUCUUCUUCCCCGCGACCCUGUUCUGCUCACCCUCAUGACUCGCCAGAAGAACGGUGACUUUGUGUCUAGCAUCUUUGGCGAGGAGCGCGGCCGUGCCUGGGCUCCCGAGCUGCGUGGACUGUUGUCUCUGGACUCCGUCAAGAAGGCUGGUGAGCUCAAGCGCAAGCGCGACAGCGGUAUCUCUGACAUGGAGGUUCCCGGCGCCGACGUUCCCGCUCUGGAACUUGGUGAUGAGGAGGCUAUUGUGCCCGAGGAUGAGGGUAUCGCCCUCGGCACCACCAUGAACCAGCACUCCGAGAUUGACUUUCCCGGUGACGCUGGCAAUGACGACCUGAACCUGGACUCUGAUGACGGGAUGAACGCACCCCUCGAAGACCUGGAUGACACCAUUCGCCCCGUUGACAAUGAGCCCGUCUCCAUGGGCACCAAGCACGCCGUCCACAUCCUGCGCGAGCGCCUCGGUGACUCCGAGCAGAGGAAGAGCGUUCUGUUCCAGGACCUCCUCCCCGAGCAGCGCUCCACCAAGGCCGACGCCACCAAGAUGUUCUUCGAAACCUUGGUGCUAGCCACCAAGGAUGCUGUCAAGGUCGAGCAGAGCAACAAGGCCAUCGGUGCACCCCUGAAGAUCCGCGGCAAGCAGAACCUCUGGGGCUCCUGGGCCGAGGAGAGCGCUACCGCCGCCAGCCAGCUGGCCCAAGUUCUGUAG